AUGGCAGCAGCUGAGAUGACAGUAUCAGCACUGCUGGGAGGCUUUGUGUUAUUCGUAUUAUAUGUCUAUGAAUCUUUGGUCUUAAAGCCAAAGAGGCUAAGAUCAAAGCUUGAAAAGCAAGGGAUUAGAGGGCCUCCCCCUUCAUCAAUUCUCUUCGGCAAUAUCCCGGACAUGAACAGCAUCAAACUCAAGGUGAUGAGGGAGAAGUCAACUGCUACGGAAACAAGUAGUACCAGUGUCUCAAAAGACCGAUCUUUGAACUUAGGGAGGCCUACUUUUGUAUCUAAGGAUCGUAAGCCACUGUUCGGCCAAGGAAUUAUAGCGUCAAAUGGUCCAAUUUGGUUGCACCAAAAAAAAAUUAUUGGUCCAGAGUUCUACUUUGAAAAGGUUAAGGGUAUGGUGGAUUUGAUGGUGGACUCCACAACCACCAUGUUGAGAUCUUGGGAGAGUAAAAUCGAAAACGAAGGAGGAAGUGCAGUCUUUGAAGUUGAUAAGGAUUUGAGAAGCUUGUCGGCCGAUAUUAUAUCAAGAACGUCCUUUGGAAGUAAUUAUUCACAAGGGAAAGAAAUAUUCUUAAAGCUCAGAACUCUUCAGAAGAUCAUGUCCCAGGGAAAUACUGGUGUACCGGGUGCGAGACACUUACCAACGAAAAACAACAGACUGAUAUGGAGACUAGAGAAAGAGAUCAGUGCUAUGAUUUUAAGGGUUGCGAAGGAACGCAGUACUGAGGCUACUUGUGACAAGGAUCUUCUGCAAAUAAUACUCGAGGGAGCCAAAAAUUAUGAAGACGCUAAUAGCCUAUUUUCAGGUAUAUCCCAGGAUAGUUUUAUAGUGGAUAAUUGCAAGAGUAUAUACUUUGCUGGCCACGAAACCACUGCCACAGCAGCGUCUUGGAGCUUGAUGUUAUUAGCUGCACAUCAAGACUGGCAAACUUGUGUCCGUGCUGAGGUGCUUGAAUUUUGUAGGGAUGGCAUUCCAGAUGCUGAUUUGCUUCGAAACAUGAAAAUACACUCCCAUAGGCACACAAGUUCUACGCACUCUGGUACAGUACCAGAGUGUACAAAUGAUGCUGAUAUACAGUACCAGUGGUACUGGAAGUAUUAUUUGAAUAUGGUGAUUCAAGAGACACUGCGCCUGUACUCACCAUCAACGGUUGUUGCAAGAGAAGCCUUGGAAGAUAUUGAGCUGAAAGGCAUUCUAAUUCCCAAAGGAACGAACAUUCAGAUUCCAAUUCCUAUAGUGCAUCGACUUCCUGAUAUCUGGGGUCCCGAUGGCCAUGAAUUCAAUCCAAAAAGAUUCGAGCAUGGAAUUGCUGGGGCUUGCAAGUUUCCUCAGGCUUAUAUGCCAUUUGGAGUUGGUGCCCGUAUCUGUACUGGCCAACACUUAGCCAUGACAGAGCUGAAGGUGAUUCUGUCACUUAUUCUGUCCAAGUUUUCCUUCUCACUCUCACCAGAAUACCAACACUCCCCGGCUUAUACGUUGGUUAUUAUGGAACCCGAACAUGGAGUUAGUCUCCAUAUGAGGAGAGUGUGA